GGCCCACUGUGGCCUCCCAGGGAUGCCCUCUGAGCCCGCCUGACCGAGGCCAGCCAGCUGAUGAGCCAGGGCCCCUGGGGAGCAGACACCUGGUGAAAGAGGCGCCAGAUCAGGGCCAUGUCUGGGAAGCGAAGUCGAGCUCGAAAACCCCGAGCCAGGAGGGCAGGCAGGGCACAGCAGGCCACGGGGCGGCAGGGCCCUGAGGCUGAGCCCCCGCCCCCCGCCACAGGGGGCCUUCAGGAUGAGGUGGGGGUGGCCCCUUCGGAGCACGUGACCAGCAGCAAGCCAGCUCCCCAGGGACACCCCAAGGUGACAAGGCCAGAGCAGCCACAGGCGGCCAAGAGGCCAGUGCAGGCUGCCGCUCUGGGGUCCGAGAUGGUGCUAGUCCCCGCUUCGGACAUGGAAGGCUGCGGUGCAGGGGACCUCAUGCCGGGCCUGGGCCCAGAGCUGCUGAGGCUCCAUGAAGUCCAGCUGUGCCUGGCCCAGGAGCAGCUGCUGCUGGAGGACCGGCGGCGGCAGGUCCAGCUGCAGAUGCAGCUGUGGCAGGAGGAGCAGCUGUGGCAGGAGCAGCUGUGGCAAGAGGAGCAGCUGUGGCUGCAGCAGCUGCAGGAGGAGCAGGCCUGGGUGCGCGUGGAGGGGCUGGAGCUGGCCAUGGCCCUGGAGCAACUCCGGAGCGAGGGUCUUGAGGUGCUGCAGACCCAAGGCCAGGCCCCUGGCCCCAACAUGGCCCGCCGCUCCCAGAGCUCCUCGCAGGGGGACAACCCACUGGCACCCGGGUACCUGCCACCUCACUACAAGGAGUACUACCGCCUGGCGGUUGAUGCACUAGCUGAGGGCGGUCCUGAGGCCUACAACCGCUUCCUGGCAUCCGAGGGGGCACCUGCCUUCCUGUGCCCUGAGGAGCUGGAGCACGUGAGCCGCCACCUGCGGCCCCCACAGCAUGUUGCCAUUGAGCCCCCCGAAGGCAGCCCUCCCAACGUGGACAUGGAUGGCUCCUCGGGCACCUACUGGCCUGUGAACUCAGACCAGGCAGUGCCCGAGCUCGACCUGGGCUGGCCCUUGACUUUCGGCUUCCAGGGCACUGAGGUCACCACGCUGGUGCAGCCACCGCCACCUGACAGCCCCAGCAUCAAGGAUGAGGCUCGGAGGAUGAUCCGCUCUGCCCAGCAGGUGGUGGCCGUGGUGAUGGACAUGUUCACCGAUGUGGACCUGCUCAGUGAGGUGCUGGAGGCUGCCGCGCGCCGCGUCCCGGUCUACAUCCUUCUGGAUGAGAUGAACGCGCAGCACUUCCUAGACAUGGCCGAGAAGUGCCGCGUCAACCUGCACCACGUGGAUUUCCUGCGCGUGCGCACUGUGGCAGGCCCCACCUACUACUGCCGCACCGGGAAGUCUUUCCAGGGCCACGUGAAGGAGAAGUUCCUCCUAGUGGACUGUGCCGUGGUGAUGAGUGGGAGCUACAGCUUCAUGUGGUCCUUCGAGAAGAUCCACCGCAGCCUGGCGCACGUGUUCCAGGGCGAGCUGGUCUCCAGCUUCGAUGAGGAGUUCCGCAUCCUCUUCGCACAGUCGGAGCCGCUGGUGCCCUCGGCCGGGGCGCUGGCCCGAAUGGACGCCUACGCCCUGGCUCCAUACGCUGGGGGCGGGCCCCUCAUGGGCGGCCAGGUGGCUGGGAUGCCGACCCCUUUCUCCUUCCCCAAACGAGCGCACCUCCUGUUUCCACCGCCUCGGGAAGAGGGCCUGGGCUUCCCCUCCUUCCUCGACCCCGACCGCCACUUCCUGUCGGCCUUCCGCCGGGAGGAGCUGCCGCGGAUGCCCGGGGGCGCCCUGGAGCCUCACGCGGGGCUGCGGCCCCUGUCGCGGCGGCUGGACGCCGAGGCCGGGCCAGGCGGGGAGCUCGCGGGCCCGCGGGGCUUCUUCCAGGCGCGGCACCUGGAGAUGGACGCCUUCAAGCGGCACAGCUACGCGGCCGCCGACGGCAUGGGCGCGGUGGAGAACUUCGCGGCCGCGCGGCAGGUGUCACGACAGACGUUCCUCAGCCACGGUGACGACUUCCGCUUCCAGACCAGCCACUUCCAUCGCGACCAGCUCUACCAGCAGCAUUACCAGUGGGAUCCGCAGCUCGCGCCCGCGCGCCCGCAGGGCCUGUUCGAGAAGCUGCGCGCCGGCCGCCCCGGCUUCGCGGACCCCGACGACUUCGCGCUGGGCGCCGGGCCGCGCUUCCCCGAGCUCGGCGCGGACGGACACCAGCGGCUGGACUACGUGCCGUCCAGCGCUUCGCGCGAGGUGCGCCACGGCUCGGACUCCGCCUUCGGGCCCGGCCCCCGCGGCCUGGACCCCGGCGGGGCCCCACGCCCUAACCUGGGCCAGCGCUUCCCGUGCCAGGCGGCGGCGAGGCUGGGCCCAGAGACCGCGCCCGAGGCGGAGCCGGAGCGCAGGGGCGGGCCCGAGGGGCGGGCUGGGCUGCGGCACUGGCGCCUCGCCUCCUACCUGAGCGGCUCCCACGGCGAGGACGCGGGCGACGAGGGCCUGCCGGCGCCCAUGGAUGCCGAGGCCUACGAAGACGACGUGCUGGGGGCCGGGGGCCGGGGGGCCGGCGGGGACUUGCUCCCUUCGGCCUUCCGCUUGCCCGCGUCCUUCCCGGCCAAGGGCCCGGUGCCCGGCUCCGGCAGCGGUGGCGGCGACGGCCCAGAGCGCGAGGGUCAGGAGGAGGCAGGCCUGUCCAAGCAGGACGCUUUCCGCUCGCGCCUGACCCCGCUGAUCCAGCGCAGCUCGCGGCUGCGCUCCUCUCUCAUCUUCAGCGCGACGCAGGCCGAGGGCACGGGCGGGGCCGCGGCAGCCACCACCGAGAAGAUGCAGAUGCUGCACAAGGAGCAGGCUGUCAGCGAGAUGCUGGGCCCCGGCGGCGAGGCCGUGCGCUCCUCCGCCUCCGCCAAGGUGGCCGAGCUCCUGGAGAAAUACAAGAGCCCGUCACGUGAUCCUGGCGGCGCUGGAGCCGCAGUCACCGUCGCCAGCCAUAGUAAGGCUGUUGUGUCCCAGGCGUGGCGAGAAGAGGUGGCAGCACCAGGCGGCGCGGGAGGCGAGCGCCGCAGCCUGGAGAGCUGCCUGCUUGAUCUGCGCGACUCCUUCGCACAGCGGCUGCACCAGGAGGCUGAGCGGCAGCCGGGAGCUGCCACGCUCACAGCCACCCAGCUGCUCGACACGCUGGGCCGGAGUGGCGCCGACCGGCUGCCCUCCCGCAUCCUCUCUGCCCAGGGCCGCUCCACUUCUCCGCAAGGGCGCGAAAGCCCCCCGCCGGAGGGGCCCCGGGUGCACCAGGUGCCCCACUCUGAGCCAAAAGGGAGCCCCACUUCAGCCUACCCCGAGCGGAAGGGGAGUCCCACGCCUGGGUUUCCUGCUCGCAGAGGCAGCCCAACCGCAGGAUUGACUGAGCAGAAGGGGAGCCCCACCUCUGCCUACCCCGAGCGCAGGGGCAGCCCGGUGCCUCCUGUACCGGAGCGCAGGAGCAGCCCGGUGCCGCCAGAGCGCAGGGGCAGCCUUACCCUUACGUUCUCCGGGGAGUCUCCGAAGGCCGGGGCCGCGGAGGAGGCGACCAGCGGCCCCAUGGAGGUCCUGCGAAAGGGCUCCCUGCGCCUCCGGCAGCUGCUGAGCCCCAAGGGUGAGCGCCGCGCCGAGGGUGAGGGCAGCUUCUCAGCACCGCAGGAGAACGGGCAGCCUGAGAGCCCCCGGCGGCCCUCGCUGGGCCGGGGUGACAGCACGGAGGCUGCCACAGGAGAGGAGCGGGGCCCGCGAGCCCGCUUGGCCUCGGCCACAGCCAAUGCCUUGUACAGCAGCAACCUGCGGGACGACACGAAAGCCAUUCUGGAGCAGAUCAGCGCGCACGGCCAGAAGCACCGUGGAGUCCCCGCCCCCGGCCAAGCCCCCGCCCUCAGCGGCCCUGAGCCAGGCCGCCCACCAGCUGCCGGGGGCCUGGCCCCUGACAUGUCCGACAAGGACAAAUGUUCAGCCAUCUUUCGCUCGGACAGCCUGGGGACACAGGGCCGGCUGAGCCGCACACUGCCAGCCAGCGCAGAGGAGCGCGACCGGCUGCUUCGCCGCAUGGAGAGCAUGCGCAAGGAGAAGCGCGUCUACAGCCGCUUCGAGGUCUUUUGCAAAAAGGAGGAGGCCGGCGGCCUCGGGACAGGGGAGGGCCCGGGAGAGGAGGACACCAGGGACAGCAAGGUGGGCAAGUUUAUGCCCAAGAUCCUGGGUACGUUCAAAAGCAAGAAGUGAGUCUCCUCGCCCACCAGCCCAGGUCGGGGUGCCUGCGUCACUGCCACCCCUCUCGCAGAGCACCUGGUCCUCAUGCCACAGCAGUUAGGGACCCGGCUGCGCACAGCCAGAGCUCGGCUCUACCUGGGCUCACCCAGCGGAUGCCCUGCGGAUCCUCCUGCGGAUGCUCCUCAGCCACUCUGCCCUGGGGGCUCCAGCCACUCAGCCUCCCUGUCUGUGCCUUACUCCCCUGACUCCAUCUCUUCUCAACACCUCCAUCUCUGGGCCGGCUGCCUCUCUCUUCUUACCCCUCUGCCUCCACCAUCUCUUUGGGCUUCAGGUCCCCUUUGGGCCUUCAUUCACCUCAGGGCCCAUCUCCUUGUGCCUGAGCCCCCCAUCUUUUGGGGGCCCUAUCUUUGUGCCUCAGUCCCCCACCUUUCGGAGGCCCAUCUCCUUGUGCUUGAGUCCCCCAACUUUCAGGAGGACCCCAUCUCCUUGCGCCUCAGUCCCACAUUCUCUCGGGGCCUCGUGUCUCAGGGCUUCUGCAUCUCAGGGUUCCCCUUGGCCUCCUGGCUGUGCUGUUCCUUCGCCCUGCUGCCUCUUUGCUGUCUCUUGGCAGCCCUGGCCUCUCUGGGUCUCCCACCUCCUCAGGGCCCAUGCUCUCCACCUUUGUCUCAGGUCGCUGGAGGCUCACUUCCUACCCUGCUUGGGCUCCUCCUCGCUGACUCCCUCCUGCCUGCUGGCACCUUUCUCGGUGGCCAUCCUUUUGCUGUGGGGAGGCAGGGCUGUUUGCAAGCAGCUUGUGAGGGAGGGGUGGAGCCACACCCAAAGGAUGCCCCUCUUGGGAAGCACAAUAGGGUGGGCCAUUGGUGGGGAGGGAGAGGGUUCAGAGAAGACCUGUGAGGGGCUGCCCUUCCAGGAGAACUGAAGCAGGCCUGGCCGCUCCUCCAGCAAGGCUGCAGCCAGCACCUGGCGGGGAGUGAGAGCCCCAGGGUUUGUAGCACAAUAAAACCAGGUCUGGAUGGUUGAUGUUUGGCCCCAGGCUUACGAAGGGUCCCCACACGCCAGACACACACAUAUUCACCCCAACAGACAUGUUCACAGCCACUGUCCCCAGCCACGCCCCAGAAGGGGCUGAUGUGGAGCGCUUGUACUUGAACAGAUGAGGACCCAGGACACCGUGCCAUGGCGCCUGAGCCCUAGCCCACUGCUCAGGGGCCCUGGCACCCCACAAGGUGGGAGUGGUCCUGCUCUGCAGGUGCCCAGCAGACCCAACUCCACUGUGUUUGGGGUCCUUCCCUUUGUCACCAACCCGCAAAAUCUGCCCAAGGUCCUCGCUUACCCUUUUUGUAUGUUUUUCACCUCGAGAGUAACUUUGAUUUGAAAUGACAUAUUUUGUCACCAAAUGCUUAGAAAGUCCCCCAAUGUAGGUGCUAUCAUUGUGAAAUUAGUGUUUCUGUUCUUUCUUUUUAAAUAGUUUUUGGGUUUUUUUAAGUAUAAGAAACUCUAGUCGCUCGGACUGGGAAAGGGUUUAAGAAACAAGGUCACUGAGCGAGGGCAGCAGUUCUGACUCCAAGCAGCUUUGAGAAGGGAGGGUGGCGGGGCUGGGGGACAGCUCACGGUCUGGUUACCAAAGCCACUGCCCAAGUAGGGGUGACAGCAGGGGCUUUUGUUCAGGUGGAAAACCUCAUUGGGCAGCUGGAUGAGCCGGAGCGUUUCUUGGCCUCGAUGCGGUUCCUGACAAGUUCGUUUCCUCGCCACCUGAUGCAUCACCACCGUUCUGAGCAGACCCUUGCAGGCCUGUUGCUAAGGGAGAGCCCUUGCAGGAAGUGGAGGGUGCUCCUCAUGGGGAGGCCAGGGGCUGGGGUCCUCAGAGCCUCCUGUCUGCAUCCUCCACAUCGUGCUGAGUAAGACACCUCCUCAAAUGUGAUUCUGCACACUUUGGUGUUAACAAUAAAACACGAUGCACAAAAUAUCCCAACACGUUCCCAAAUAUAUGUAAUCCCCCAGUUAUAUAUUGUAAACUUUAGCCUGA